AUGGCUUACCAUCCCAAUGCCCUUCUUAGAUCCUUGUUCAUCACCAUUCUAAUAGCAUGCGGGGCUAAGUUAUAUGCAAGUGCAAAGAUCUUCACCAUAGUAAAUGAGUGCAAGGAGACAAUAUGGCCUGGCAUAACACACAGUGAAAACUUCAGUGGCAGUGGUUUUACAUUGAAUCAAGGCCAGUCUACAGUUUAUACAGCUCCAGCUGACUGGAAUGGUCGAAUAUGGGCUCGAACCGGCUGCAGUUUUGACAAGAAUGGCAAUGGCAAAUGCCAAACAGGUAGCUGCGGCACCACCAUCAACUGUACAGGCCCCGGCAGCCCACCUGCCUCAAUUGCCGAAUUUACACUCGGCCAGGAGAUUGAUUACUAUGAUGUUAGCCUGGUGGAUGGCUUUAAUUUGCCUGUAAUUGUUAAACCUACUAACAGUGGUAAAGGCAAUUGCAGCACUGCUGGUUGUGAUAGGGACUUGAGGCAGAGCUGCCCAUCAGAGCUCGCGGCUAAGGCCGAAGGAAAAGUCAUUGCUUGCCGGAGUGCAUGCAACGUGUUCAACACCGUAUUAUAA